GAUGCAAUCUUUUGAUUUCUUCAUUCAAUCAAAAAGCUUCUUCACAUAGUGUGAUCCCGACCAAAAGUUUAAAUUAAUAAUAAUAAAUACAUUAUUUUAUAUAAUAAUAAAAGAAAAGAAAAUAGUGGGUCAGCGGCGGCUUCCGGAUCGAUGCACAUGGGUCUAUCUCUCUCUCUCUCUCUCUCUCUCUCUCUCUCUCUCUAUAUAUAUAUAUAUAUAUAUAUAUAUGGGGUGAAGCAGAGGGGUGUUAAGAGGAGAGAUUGAGAGAUGGAGAACGGUGUAUUAGAUUCUAUUGGGAAGGUAGUAAGAAGCAAAAUAGUGAUGGUGCUGGUGGUGGUGGUGGCCACCUGGUUGUGGUGGAGGACUCCCAUGGUCGGACCACCCAUGCCCAUCACCACCCCGGUCGUGGAAGAAGCCACCGUCGCCGAUCAUGACCAAAUGACACCCCCAGAUCAACCUCCAAGUAGAACUGAUGCGAUCCCAAUCUACGCAUCUCCAGUUCUCCUACUUAACUAUCCCACUGUGAGAUUCAGCACCAGCGGCCUCGACAGAAGAGAUUACAACGAGUUCGUGAAAUUUAUCCGAAACAGAGUCGCUAAUCCGGACGACACGCGGCACGGAAUACCAGUGCUGCGUCAGCGCGGCACGGUGCCGAACACCCAGCGGUUCCUUCUGGUGGAACUUACCAACAUGGCAGAGGAGUCGGUGACGGCGGCCAUAGACGUCACCAAUCUGUACGUGGUGGGUUACCGCGUCGGAGACCGUUCUUACUUCUUCCGCGGCGUUCCGUCCGAAGCAACCGAGAAUCUCUUCGACGGUACAGAUCAACGGACCUUCAAUUUCACCGGCGACUACACGCAGCUCCGGCCAAUCGCAAGAUUUCAGCACCUAGACGACAUUACCUUGGGAUUCAACCAGCUAGACGAAUCCAUCCACACAUUGGUCCAUGAUUCCGACGCCCAGGGGGACCAAGCCAAUCUGGCCCGGUCCCUUAUAAUUUGCAUCAUCAUGAUCUCCGAGGCGGUGCGGUUCCCGUACAUCCAGCGAGCACUCGCCGGAACCAUUGGAAACGGCGAGUAUGGAAGCUUUAACCGCAACGCUGCUGUGGUCAGCCUCAUGAACAACUGGGAAGGCCUCUCAGAAGCCGUCCAGCAAGCCAACGAGGACGGCGUCUUUCACCGCGAAAUUCAAUUGCAAAGACAAAAUUAUGACCGUUUCUACAUCACCAACGUGAUGCCCGACAUAGUUUCCGUCAUCGGAGUCAUGAUGUACAUCUGUGCGAAACCACCGACGCCUCGGUCUUCCUCCCUCCUGUCAGUCGCCGGAGCCGGCGGCUCAUUCGAUCGCAAUAAUGACGCAACUUGUGCAGAUCCAGAGCCAACGGUGCGCAUCAGCGGUCGAGAUGGACUGUGUGCCGACGUGAGCGGUGGACAUUACAAUGACGGAGACCCGAUAAUUUUGUGGCCGUGUAAAUCCAAUACGGAUGCGAAUCAGCUGUGGAGCCUGAAGAGAGAUGGGACUAUUCGAUCCAAUGGAAAGUGCUUGAGUUCUUCUUUCGGUCGGUUCAGUCACUUGUCCACCGUAAUGAUCUAUGAUUGCAGCAAAGCUACAACAGCUGCCACUCGAUGGAAAGUAUGGGACAAUGGAACCAUCAUAAAUUCUGACUCUUCACUUGUUUUGACUGCGGAAUCCGGGACCAAGGCAACCCAGCUCAAAGUGAAGGUCAACCAGUACUACACCAGCCAGAGUUGGCUAGCAUCCAAUUUCUCGGAGCCCUUCGUGGCAAGUUCUAUUGUGGGGCUUAACGAUCUUUGCUUGCAAGCAACUGGAAACGGCGUGUGGUUGGAGAAAUGUGUGUCAAACAAGGCGAGCCAAAAGUGGGCUCUCUACCCAGAUCGUUCUAUACGACCUCAUCAGAAUCGAGAUAUGUGUCUUUCUUGUAAUACUGAUGAGUCUUCCAGUGACUUGAACAUCGUCAAUCUUCGUAGCUGCAGUUCUGCAUCGGCUGGCCAACAGUGGAUGUUCAGAAAUAAUGGUGCUAUUUUAAACUUCUACACUGGAUUAGUCAUGGAUGUGAGAAAGUCUGAUCCAAGUCUUCACCAAAUAAUUGCGUGGCCGCCCAACAGAACUCCUAACCAAGAGUGGCUUCCACUCUUAUGAUUGUUACUCUGCCUUACAAAACGCAUCUAAUCUUAGUUUUCACCAAAUAAAUUCGGCUUGGUGGGAAGAGUGUUCUUGUAUUUUCUUUGCGAAUAGUUCUCAUAUAUUUUCUUUAUUGUGGGAGGAGUUUUACCCUUACCUUUAUCUGUAGUUUGGUUCAGAGAUUUCAAAUAUCUUGCUUUGAAUUCUCUCUUUUAAUGAUAUUAUCUUUCUAAGUGAAAACUUUUCUU